GGUAGGGUCUUCUGUGGUGCAAGGCCUAAGCCUCGAACGCUUGGCGGCCCCGGGUCUGGCCGCGCCUGCCUCUGAGUAGCGCAGGGCGGAUAGGUGCGCUCCUCAGAGCGGCGGGGGCGGCUGUUAUGUGAGUCUGAGAAAGCCGGGGCCUCCACAGAACCUGAUCUCUGUGCUAGGUAACCUAGAAGGUGCUUUCCCUUUGGCUUCGGCUCCGGAACCUCCUGAACGGCAGUAGCCGCUGUGAGGCGGGUGGGGGUAGGCAACCCUUUUUUGUAGGCGGCGGCCGUGGCUUUUCCAGGCCGCGCGGCCCGAUCCUGAGGCGGGGCAGCCAUCAGACUCCGGAAGCCGUUCUCGCUGCCACAACGCUGGGCGGCGACUGAAGCUCAAUUGGUUACUGCAAGCUUGCCCCGGCCCACCGGCAUGCCUCGUAGCAGACAAAGGCUGUGGCGAAUCCGAGUGGGGCUGGAGGCAAUGUCUACCGUUGCGUGGGGGAGAAAGUUCUCGCUCUCGCUGGCGUUUUCUUGGUCAUGUUACUGGAGGAGGAUGGAUCAGGAAGGAAACCUUAUUUUUUUGAUACCAGACCAGACAGGACCUCAGUUAAAAGGUGGCACCAGUUGGGUAUCUGACACAGGAGCGAAACUUCCUUCAGCUUAAAGAUGAUGAUAGAUCUGAAGGUGGCUGAAUAUUUGGACCCUCAGAUCAAGGCUCUGUGGGAGACCAAGGGGCCUAUGAGAGGGAACUCCAGUCCAAGGAAAAAAUGUGUACAAACAGACAGUCUCAGUCCCAAGAGUCCUUGCUGGCACUUCCGGAACUUCCACUAUCAAUUAGCGGCUGGACCCCGAGAGGCUAUCAGCCAACUUCAAGAAUUAUGCUAUCUUUGGCUGAGGCCAGAGAUCCACUCAAAAGAGCAGAUAUUAGAACUGCUAGUGUUAGAGCAGUUCUUGACUAUUCUCCCCAGGGAAACACAGACCUGGAUACAGAAGCACCAUCCACAGAGCAUUGAGGAUGCUGUGGCUUUGGUAGAACAUUUGGAAUCUGGCCAAACAAGGAAUGGGGUUGCAAUCCAUGAGCUGGGAAAGGAGACAGUGCUCUUGGCAGAAACAACAGAGGCCCCAGACUUCAAGCCAAAGCCAGCAGCAUCUCAACCAGUGGGCAUUACCCAGGAUGAAGAAUUUUGGAAUACAUACCAGGGUCUGCAAGAACAGCUGAGCAGGAAUACACAUAAAGAAACUGUGCCUAUAUAUGAGAGGGCUAUGCCUUCUCAACAGAUUCUAGCCUUUACUGAGCAGCCAAACACCAAAGACUGGACAGUGGUUCCUGAGCUUCUCUUGCCUGAGUCCCAGAGCUUGUUGACAUUUGAAGAAGUGGCCAUGUAUUUUUCCCAGGAAGAAUGGGAGUUACUGGAUCCCACUCAGAAGGCCCUCUACAAUGAUGUAAUGCAGGAAAACUAUGAGACUAUCAUCUCUCUAGCAUUAUUUGUACUUCCCAAACCAAAAGUGAUCUCCUGUCUAGAGCAAGGGGAAGACCCAUGGGUUCAAGUAUCCCUGGAGUUUAAGGACAGCGCUGGAGAGUCUUCUGCAGUAGGGUUGAAGCUCAAAAAUGACACUGAAAAUCAUCAGCCUAUGUCUCUUUCUGAUUUGGUAACACCAGCACCAGAAGACACAGUAUCAAAAAAGGCCAAAAUGAAAGUUCCCCUGAAAACAACAGGCAAAGAAAAUCAUGGUGAUAUGCAGAGAGUGGGAAAAAGGCACCGAGAUUUCCCAGUGAAGAAAAGAAAGAAACUUUCAACUUGGAAACAAGAGCUGCUGAAACUUAUGGAUCUUCACAAGAAAGGUUGUGCAGGAGAGAAGCCUUUUAAAUGUCAGGAAUGUGGGAAAACCUUCAGAGUUAGCUCUGAUCUUAUUAAGCACCAAAGAAUUCACACUGAAGAGAAACCCUUUAAAUGUCAACAAUGUGACAAGAGGUUUAGAUGGAGUUCAGAUCUUAAUAAGCACUUAACAACACACCAAGGAAUAAAACCAUAUAAAUGCUCGUGGUGUGGGAAAAGCUUUAGUCAAAAUACAAAUCUACACACACACCAAAGAACUCACACAGGAGAGAAGCCCUUUACGUGUCAUGAAUGUGGGAAAAAAUUCAGUCAGAACUCCCACCUUAUUAAACACCGAAGAACCCACACAGGGGAACAGCCUUAUACCUGUAACAUAUGCAGGAGAAACUUCAGCAGACGGUCAAGCCUUCUUAGACACCAGAAACUUCACUUGUGAUGGAAAGUUUGUUCAGUGUCCUCAUUCUGAAGAAAUUCACCAAAUGCAGCUGAAUACUAAAGUUUAUGAAAAAAUUAGGAAGCCUGAGGAAUUUUUCAUUGUUGGAAAAUUUGGGAGUAUAAACAUUAUGUUUCUCUUUUUGGAGACGGAGUCUUACUUGGUCACUCCCAGAGUGUCAUAGCUCAUAGCAACCUCAAACUCUUGGGCUCAAGUAAUCCUCUUGCCUCAGCUUCCCAAGUAGCUGGGACUAUAGGUGCCCACCACAAUGCCUGGCUAGUAUCUUUUAGAGACAGGAUCUCACUUUUGCUCAGGCUAGUCUCGAACUCCUGAGCUCAGGUGACCCACUGCCUCAGCCUCCCAGACUGUUAGGAUUACAGGUGUAAGUCACUGUACAUGGCCUUAAACAUCCUGUUUCAUAGAAAGGAAUGAAGAUUGGCUCUACAUAGGGUACAUUAGUAGUUGCACUACUUAACUAUGUUUACUUUUAACCAUCAGGGAAUUUCUUAGCAGGAGAGGUUCUAAGAGCAUUCUGAAUAAGGAGAAAGGCCGUUUUGGGAUUGUACUUGGAAAAGUAGAAAAUUUAGUUUACAGUUAGCAGGUACAGCCAAUCAGUAGUCUGUGGGCAUAGAAGUAAAUAUUGUUGCUUUUGCAUUGAUCUUCUCAGUCCCUCUUGAACGUGUACAAUAGAAACACUUGGAGCAUAGUCUUCAAAAAACGUAAAGCAGUAACGUAUAUUUAAUUGUAUAUCAUUCUUUUCAGUGUCAUAGGCUUACCAAUUUCAGUAGUCUCGGGGAGCGGAAAUGGAUUCUAAAAUGUAGAGUGUUCCAAGAAUCAAAUUGGAUUUUUCUUUUGUCAUUGGAAACUGUUGACAAAGUUGGACAUUGAGUUCCUUCUUGAAAUUUUUAGUAACUUCUGCUCUUGAAUCCUGUUAUCACAAUUUUUACUGAUGAAAUUGUAUUUACGUUACCACUAGGGAAUCUUCCCUUACCGGCAGAUGAACUAAUUAUGCACCAUUUUAUGCCUGUCAUUGGUGGAGUUUGGAAGGUGGAAAACACCUGUAAUGAGGACAUAUGGAAACUGAUUGGAAUUUGUAGCCAUGGAAAGAAUUUUCUACAAAAAAAGAAACCAGACUUCCUUACCUCACAUUGUUAGUAGGAUAAAGCAGCCAUAAAGUUUAGCAAUUGCCUGAGGCUUGAUGUGAUUCAAGAUACCUUCUUGAGGUUUUUGUUUACUUAAUUUGGCCUUUUGUUAUUAAGAAUAAGACUUGGGUUUGUAUGGAAACUCAAUCAUGUUUGAGUUGAUGAACUCAAUCUUGCAGGCAGGAUCCUGUGGCUCACUUUGAUAUGGAGACCUCUGCAUCCCGUCAGUAAGAGACUGGCUUCUCACAAGGUUUGGAAAGUGAUGUUGAGUGUUGGGCAAGGAUGGGUAAAUUCACAUUCAUAUUGUUUUGUCUUACACUGUAAGCUCUACCUGUCUCUAUUCUCUCCAGUACAACCUUUAACAGCACCCUCAGGUGAUAAAUUUGAUGAACUGCUGAAAGUCUGUAUAGCCUAUAGGUUUUCUCAUAACUUACUUCUUGAGCUAUAGCUGUGACUCAGGUGUGUUUCUGUUAGAGCUUUGGGGUAUAUCAGGAAAGGGUUUAAGGAGGUUAAAGAAAUUAUGUCCUUCAAAUCUGUCAUUUUAUUAAUGAGGACAUUAAUAAAGAGAUACAAGGACUUGCUUAAGACCCCAUUGUGAGAGGGUGUGUUGACUGUCAUUUAGCUCCCAUCUGGUAUGGCAGGAUUAGCAAGACAAAUUUGUUGUUAUCCCUGCACAAAUAGUCUGGAUGACAUUGUGUUAUAUCUCUUUCUAGCUUAAACAGUCUUGUUUUUUGAUUGGUUACUGAAGCAAACCUCUAUUUUCUUUACAAAUAGAGAUAACACUUAACUCAAGGUUGUUCCAGGGAUUAGAUGGAUUAAUGACAGUAAAGCACCUGGCCAAAUGUGAUGACUCCUGGAAUCCUGGCACUUUUGGAAGCCCUGGCAAGAGGAUUGCUUGAGAAAUCCUCUCAAGGAUUGGGAAAAAGUUCUCUUAAGAACAAAAAAACUACCUGGGCAUGGAAGAGCACAUGCUUAUAGUGCUAGUUACUUGGGAAGCCAAGGUGGGAGGGCUGCAGUGACUAUGAUUGUACCAUUGCACCUCAGUCUGGGCAACAGCAUGAGACCUGUCCACAAAAGAACAAAACCCAAACUAAAAAAACCAACAAAACCCCACCCUAAAAUAGGACGUUGGUCACAGUAAAUGUGUAAUUAGUGUGUGUUUCUUUGCCUUUGCUUUGCCCCCUGGUGAUAGUUUGGGCUGACCACAUAUUAAAGAGGCAAAUGCAGGGGUGGCGCCUGUGGUUCAAAGAGUAGGGCGCCAGCCCCCUAUGCUGGAGGUGGCGGGUUCAAACCUGGCCCUGCCCAAAAACUGCAGAAAAAAAAAAGGCAAAUGCAUUUGUAGCUAUUGCAUUCUGGCUGAGCGCUUGUGGUUAAGUUGAUUUGAUCUUUGGCUUUAAUGCUUUAGCAGGGGUCCUCAAACUUUUUAAACAAGGGGCCAAUUCACUGUCUCUCAGACCAUUGGAGGGCUGGACUAUAGUUUAAAAAAAGAAAACUAUGAACAAAACUGCACGCAGCACAUAUUUUGAAGUAAAAAAACAAAACAGGAACAAAUACAAUCACAUGGCCUCAUGUGGCCCGCAGGCGGUAGUUUGAGGAUCCCUGCAGUAUAGAAUAAGUCACAAGCCACCUGAGCUACUGGUCUGGAGCUCUUGGCAGAGGUUUAAUUUUAUUUUGAGAUGAAUUAUUUUAAGUAUUUCUCUUUUUUUUUUGAGACAGAGUCUCACUUUAUUGCCCUCAGUAGAGUGCUGUGGCAUCACAGCUCACAGCAACCUCCAACUCCUGGGCUUAGGUGAUUCUUUUGUAGCAUCCGAGUAACUGGUACUAUAGGUGCCUGCCACAAUGCCCGGCUAUGUUUUUGUUGUAGUUCGGCUGGGGCUGGGUUCGAACCUGCCACUCUUGGUAUAUGGGACCAGCACUCUACCCACUGAGCCACAGGUGCCACCUUUUGAGUCUUAUUUCUUAAGUACAGCCAGCUCAGAAGCUCUGGUCUGCAUAGCUCUUACCCAACACCCUGUCAAGCCAUAGGCCCCUGACACUCUUGUUUCUUAUCUCACAUGUGUGGAUUUCAGUUUAGUGAGGGCCUAUGAUGUGCCAGGCACUGUCCUAGACUCUGAGGCCACAGCAGUGUACAAGAGAGACAGUAUGCAUUCCCUUCUGGAGCUUGUAUUCUAAGAGCAAGUAAGAGAAUAGUUUGCCCUUGCAGGUGGGGUCAUGAGAUAGUUUUGGUUAGUGAGUUUUGCAGAAGCCUCACUUCUGGGUUGAAACAUUUAUUAGAUGGUGUAAGACUAGUACUGUGCUUUCCUGCCUAAGUCAUGGAAGCACAUAAAGAGGAGCCAUGAGAUCAAAGUAGUCUGAAACCCUGGGCUGCUGCAUGAAGGGCAGCUAUUCUAGAGAGUUCUAGACCUGUAGUGGAUUUUGUGGGAAUGAAAAAUAAACAUUUGUUAUGUUAAA